UCUUUCUUCAUUCGUUGGCGAGUUGUGUUUGCAGCUCUCAUAUUUAAGCAAAACAUUAAUUAAAAAGUUUUAAUUUACCGAGCAAGUAAUUAAUUACUCGACCAUGGCCAACUUCGAUGGGGAACUGCUCUGCAGGACCACGAAAAGUGAGCCGCACUGUUUCUGUCGGGGUUGUUCCAUGUUCAGCAGACGGCCGGAAAAUGUGCCGAGUUUCAUCCGACAAGUUGGAGGAAAGUUGUGGAAGCCGUUCGCAAUUCUCCCAAAUAUUGAAGGUCCAAAGUUUACAAUUGUAGAGACUUUCACCGGUAGGCAAGAACAAGGGGAACAAGAGCAAGAACAAUUCAUUUUCUGGAAACGUCCCAUGAAGGAAAAAUUGAAUAUCACGACUGACGGAAACUUGCCAGUUUGUGAGAUCACCUGCGCCGAAAAUAAGUUCUGGGUCACACCUUUAUUAUCCGGGGGGGAGGUCGUUACCGUGAAUGAUGUCGAAAUUCGGGACAGAACAGAGCUGAAAUUUGGCGACAAUUUAUCCUUGGGAGUACUCGAGCCUGAAAAGGAGGGCGACCUGCCUGCCUGGGUUCGAGAGGAAUUUGGAACUUUUGAUAGUACUCGUUGUCUGGUUUUGUUAUUCAAGAGGAGGGAAUAUGAUUUUGACUUGUUCUGGAAGAGUGAGCUCGAAAAAGAAAGGAAGAAAAUUAGCAAUAAUGAGGGUGACCUGAAUUUGGAAAAUAUCGAGGAGAAGAAAGAAACAGGCUUUAUUCCACAGUUGGACGAACUGGUGGUGUCUCGCAUUUUGUCAUAUCUUCCGUUUGAUGAUGUGAAAAAUGUACGUUUCCUCUCAAAAGUUUGGAAUCGAGAAGCUCUCCGCGUCAUGAAGAAGAAGGGUUACGUGAAAUUCGAUUUUUCCCUCGGUUACAAAAAAUUGGAAGAUUCCACAAAGCUGUUCCGCUACAAUCACGAAAUGCAGGAAAAUCCAAUCCCAAAUUGGCGAAUUUCCAUCCCUUCUAUCGGCUUGAACUGUUAUCAGCAUGAGAUCCGCCCAACCCAGGGGGAAAAAGUCAUCGCAGAUCUCCAUUGGUUCCUCGGAUUGAAGACGCACAACGUCACAUCGUUAGAUUUUGGGGGAAAGAUUUCAUCAAAAUUUGAUUAUGAUACACAGAUCAGAAUUUUGGAAAUGUGCCCAACCCAAACUAUUCAAAAUUUCGAGUUAGGGUGGAGAUGGAGUACGUCUGAAGCAUCUGGGCAAGGGUAUCGAUUUCCGUCCAGAAUUAAAUUCACCAACUUGGAAACGUUCGUCCUCUCGAUGGAUGUUGGGAGUUAUGACGUUGAAGGCGACGGCGAUCACAGUGAGGACUGUUCUUCCCUGGCCUCUUGGUUGAACCCACUGCUUUAUGCUGUCAAAGGAGUACGCGUGCUCAUUCUGAAAUGCACUUUCUCUCCACUUUUGGAAACAUUUUAUGAGCAAGCUAAACCAUUCCAGAACUUGGAAGAGAUUACCAUUCAGCGAAACAUUACACCGAAAGGGCUCAAUUUUCUGAACAAAUUGAAGAAACCCUUAACAAAAAUGAAUCUUGGGAGAUUUGAACAUUGGACUAAUGCAGAAUACCUCGAAUUUGGACGACUCCUUUCCAAACAUUCCCAGACUUUGACUUCUCUGAAGAUUACUCUUGGAAAUUGUGUAAAGAGCAAUACGAUUCUUAACCUGCCAAGUUUUCCGUCGCUCAAGGAACUCUACGUAAACAAAGAUUCUUGGGUCGAGGAAAAUGAAAGAUUUCCACUUCAGGUAUCCUUCGAUGGAGGAAAUGGCAUCUCGUACGCCAAGCAUUUUCCUUCCCUGGAAACCUUGAAGUUGGGGGACAAUGAUAUUGGGUGGAGGAGGAAUGCCAUCGGAAAUGAUUUUAUUUUCGAUACAUUUUUACCCCUUGGAAAUGGCGGUGCAGGACUUCAAGUUUGCAAAACUUUGCGACAUCUCGACCUUCCGACUGAUGCAACUUUGGAAUCGGGUCAGCUUUUUGCCAGAGCAAGCGAAAUUGGAAGAAUGUUCCCGAAUGUUCACAACCCGUGGAUCAACAAGGCUCGAGAAGCAUCUGAGAAUCAGACUGGACAAGUUUCUUCCAAUUAAAUUAACGGAAAUGGAUGGACCGCUUUUUUAUGAACGAAUUUUCGGAUAUGGACGGAGUCGACUCGACAAACAAUUUUUUUUAAAUUAUUUAUCUAUUGUAUGAUUUUCAUAUUUCCAACUGUCAAUAUUCUUUUUGCAAGUAUUUCAUCAAUUCGAAACCAUUGAUUUUGUUACCUUUUUUUGUAUCUUUGUGACUAAAUUGUCCAGAUUAUAUUUGGUAUUUAGAAAUGGAAUGCUUGAUAAAAGUAUUGGAUUUCUAAAUUUAUGCCUUCUUAACACGUGUUGUUUUGUUGGAAAUUAAAUUGUUCAUUUAA